CGUGUUGGGGGAAGAUGAUUGAGAAUUGAUAAUGAUAAUCGAUUGAUAUUAUAUAAUUGCGCCUCAGUUCGAUAUCUCUAGCUGUCUUUCUCUGUUUUGUCAUUUUGAGCUGAGAAGCGAACUGCCCAAAGUUCAAAUUUCUGAAAGUUUGAAUUUUGUGGUUUGGAGUUCGUCGAUGGUUUUGAUCGACGCCGGGUCGACCAUCAUGGCCGCUUCGCCGAUGAAAAAGAUCGAACGCGCCCACCAGAUGUACCGCGACGGACGGUAUGGCGAUGCUCUAGGUUUCUACACGGAGGCUAUUGGGAUGGCUAAAACUAGGGCUCAAAAGAUCGCUUUGCAUAGCAAUAGAGCAGCUUGUUAUCUCAAGCUUCACGAUUUCAAGAAGGCUGCAGAAGAAUGUACCUCUGUGCUUGAGCUAGAUCACAAUCACAGUGGAGCAUUGAUGCUGCGAGCUCAAACACUAGUCACCCUUAAGGAGUACCAUUCAGCACUUUUUGAUGUCAACCGACUCUUAGAGUUGGAUCCAUCGUCAGAGGUGUAUCAAAAUCUUCAAGCUCGCUUAAGGACGCAAUUGUCACUUGCUCCAAUACCAGAGUCAGAAGAGGAGUUUGAAGAACAGGGAGAUGAUGAAGAUGAGGUGACAAUAAAAGGAGAUAAUAAAUGGGGAAAAUCACAAGAGAAAGACGUUGGGAGCGAUCAGAAAGAUGAGCUUGACAAGGCUUCUAAUGCUGAAAUAGACUCCAAGUUAUCAUCUGAGCAAAGAAUGGACCAAAACUCGGAGCCAAAAACUUCUACACCAGGGACAAUUGCCAAAGCACCAUACGAGGAACCAGCUGAGCAACAUUCCAAAGCAUGGCAAUCGAUUCCAAAACCGAAAGGGCAUUCAGCUUUAAACUAUGCAAGAUGGGACAGUGUUCAAGAUGAUUCUAGUGAAGAUGACAACGACGAUGACAACGAAGAUGAGGAAGAAUCUCAGCCCCAGUACCGAUUUCGUGUAAGAACCAUAGGUGUGCGAUCAGUAAAGUGAGAAUAGUCCAAUAUGUGGUUCCCAGAAAUUGUGGCCCCUGUCCAAUAGUGUACAUAGUCAAGUCUCAUGGACCGAAUGGGUUGUUGAAGUAGCUCUUGGGUUCUGUCAUGAAGAUCUCUGGAUUCUAGGGAAGCACCAGCUUUUCGUGAUCCUGAAAUUUGCAUGGACCUCAUGAUCUGAUGUGAUACAAAUUAAAUCAGUUCACACAUUGCUAAGUGUAAAGAGUGUUUCAGCAGUUGAGAGAGACAUGAGAGUUGAGACCGAUAUUGUAUGGCCAUAGAGGUGAUUAAUUUUCCUGUUGCUGUGGUUUUAAUCGUUGUAAUUGUUAUUGUUUAUAUCAUAGUUGUAAUUAAUGCGGUGAUUUUGAGCAAGAGAACUGUUACAAGACGAUUGUGGUUUUGCUAAGGCGGCAGUUGCAAGUUGGUAAUAAAAUCUCAGAAAUCACCAUCUGUAGGUUUUUUGAUU